AUGACUACAAUUUCAUCACUUCCCGAUGACAUUCUUUAUAUCAUCAGUAAAGAUUUAGGAUUUCUUUCAACUUUAGCACUUCGUUCUACAUGUAGAACACUUUAUUUAUCAUUUUCAGAUGCAGUUACAUUUUCUCAUGUAUUUAUCCCACCCUCCAUUUCCCAUGAUCAAUUCGCCAAAUUAUUUUCACAUUUAAAAUCGACUAAUAAACUCCCAUUUAUUCACCAAUUUACAUUCAAUAAUUCACAAAUAAAAGCAGAUGAAGUGAUUUCUGUAUUAGAAAAUUGUGAAAAUUUACAAGAAUUAUAUAUUCUAGGAUGUAAAGAGUCGUACAACAUCGAUACAAUUUCAACAAUUUCAGCUACAAUGUCAAAUAUGAUGCCUGCCGUUUUGAUGUCAAAUUCUGUCAACAUUUACACAAAUGUCAACCUCACAAAUCCAAUAGCAUGUAAUAAAAACAAUAAUGAAAAAAAUGAUGCAAAUGACGGCAUAUUCCAAUUCCAAUCAUGCUCAGAUCUCUCAUGCGAACUUUGUACUCAAAAAUGUGCUGGAUGUAAUACAAAAUAUAAAUAUUGGGAUGAGUUUUGGAUUAAGUGCGGUUGGUGUAAAGAUAGACAUUUUUGUGGUGGAUGUGUUAUAGAAGCUUCAAAGAAGAAUGUUUUUAAAACUUAUGCAUUUCAAUUUAUGAGAAUAAAAUUAUGUCAAAUGUUCGAUUUACCUUGUCCUCAUUAG